UGUACGGCUGCCGUGUAACCCGACACCCGGCGCUCGCCACAGCUGCUCUCCAAACUGCUAUUUAAAAAAGGAAAAAGGAUGAAACUUCCACUCCUGACUCCUCAAACCCCCCAAGCACCAAACAUCCAGUAGCCGCUGUAGCUGUUGCCAACCCGGCAUAAAUGCCUACAGCACCCGGGCAGUACCGGACAGAAUCGCCCGCGGAUUAUUCCCGUCGCUCCACGGGAGGGAUUUAUGGUGGUGUCGCGCGCAGCAGACCGGUGGGAGAUCGUGCUCAUUCCGCACAACGGUUUAUCCGAUGCAUGAGACGACGGCUCGCGCUCUCGGGCAGCGACGCAGUCACGCAGAUUAACGGAUCAGGAUUUUGACUGCCGGGACAAAUGAAUACAAAUGAAUUUAGCGACCCGAAGGAGAGUCCGCAGAACCUCUCGUCUGGUGGCAAAGAGAGCUCUUCUUCUGUGUAUUCUACUUUAUUGUACUUCUUUUGGAUUCACCCAAAUACUCUUUGAAGAUGUGGACGUGUUGCAGCGGUUGGCUCUGCGUGCUGAGCUCGGUUCUCGCACCGUUCCCGCUGGCGUCAUCUCCCUCCGCUCUGGAGUCAUCCUCACGACACGGGCACGAGUUACCACUGCGACACGCUCUGUGUUCCCACCAGAACUCUUCUGGAACUGCACUAUUAUCCUGAGCGUCCGAUCUCACCGCUUAAACUCAGCAUUUCUCUUCUCUGUCCUAUCUGGGAGUCGGAUUCAGCUCGGGCUGGAAAUUUCGCCCGGCAAGUUAACGCUUCACGCCGGCCCUGGGAAUGCCGCGGUCUUCCCAUACAACCUCCAUGAUGGACGUUGGCAUCAUCUAGCCUUCGUUCUAAACGGGCAAUCAGUGACCCUACACUCUCCCUGCUCAGAGAGCAACGGCGGAGUUACACAGAAACUCCCCAUACUUCCUGAACGUCUGAACCCUCGUGGAACAUUCCGCUUGGGCGGCAGCAGCGCUUUGCUUCCGGGUGCGGUACCCUUUGAGGGGGCGGUUUGUCAGUUUGACGUAGUUCCCUCAGCACAAGCCCAGCAGAAUUAUUGCAGCGCCAUCCGUAGGCAGUGCAGAGAAAAUGACACUUACAGGCCAGCGCCUCCUGCUCUACUUCCCCUCCCAUCCCGACAUGCCCCACCACUAUUGGCCCACACAUUACCACCUAAUCGCACUUUCACUUUCACUCCCACUAAUUUCCUUUGGACAUCCAUAAAUGGUGCAGUAGGUUCUUCUGCUGCGAGAAUGAACGAUGGUGUACGACCUAAGCCUUCCUCUACCACACCUCCACCCCUUUCCUUGAUGCAAACAGGACUUGAACCUCCUUUAUCUUGGGGAUAUUUAAAUUCUGUCACCCCCAAACCUACUCUCAGGACACCCAAGCCGACUGCCUCAAAACCUGCGGUCUGGCUUACCCCCACCAAACCAGCUGGAUCCAAACCCACUCCAGGAAAAACAUCUCCAAAAUUUAGCGGAACAAAGUCUUUGGAACCAAAGCCCACGAUUGCUCGACCAACCUCUUCCAAACUUGGAAGUUCAAAAACAACUGGACCCAAAACUACGCCACCGAAAGCUUCCAAACCAACAGCUGUAAAACCCACGGCAAAGAAACCAACACUUGCACCAAAGCCCACCAAGAUCAACCCUACAAAGAAUACUUCUACUGGUGCUCAACCUAUCAGUCCUAACAAGAAACAAAAUACCGUUCUAAAACCAUUGUUAGACCCGGAACCGACCGCCCCCAAAAGACUUGGGCCACUCCAGCCCAAAUCCAAACCAUACACCACACCACCAUCCCCAAAAUCCACCUUUGCCCCAAACCCCACACCCAAAAAGAACCUUCCAACACCCAAAUCCACUCUGUUCACCACCGCUGCACCAAACAAACCACCAAAAACUCUUGAAACCCCCAAAGUCAAUCCUGACAAACCUAAAAUGCAUUACGUCACACCACGCACUCCAAGGUUUGCUGUCCAAACCGUUACUCUCCCAGAUUUCUACGAUUUCCAGAGCUUCGAGGUGGAGCCAACACACUUUUCACUUCUGAUUGGACCGCCAGGACAAAAAGGGGAUCCCGGGAAAAUGGGAAUUCCAGGACCUCCAGGGAAACCAGGGCAGCCCGGGACGAGAGGACCUCGGGGACCCCCAGGACCACAUGGCAAGCCAGGUCGACCCGGUCCUCCAGGGUUGAAGGGGAAGAAAGGAGACCCUGGACUCUCUCCUGGAAAAGCACCUAAAGGAGAUAAAGGGGACAUUGGUCUGUCCGGUCCUGUUGGUUUAGUCGGGGUGGAAGGCCGCAAGGGACAAAAAGGCCAUCCAGGACCACCAGGCCUUCCCGGGGAACCAGGGGAACAAGGUCCUGAUGGAGAAGCUGGAGCCAAAGGCUAUCCUGGCAGGCAGGGUUUACCUGGUCCAAUAGGGCCUGUUGGGCCGAAAGGUGCUCGGGGUUUCAUUGGAAUCCCGGGACUUUUUGGUUUACCUGGAGCUGAUGGUGAAAGAGGUAGUCCUGGUCCACCAGGGAAGAGGGGCAAGAUGGGUAGGCCGGGCUUUCCUGGUGAUUUUGGAGAAAGAGGGCCACCAGGACUGGAUGGGGAACCAGGUGUUAUAGGAGCUCCUGGUCCUCCUGGUGUCCUUGGAUUGAUUGGUGAUAUGGGCCCUGUCGGCAUAAUCGGUUUACCAGGACCAAACGGACUGAAAGGCGUCCCAGGGAACGUGGGCGAGCCUGGACUGAAAGGUGAUAAGGGUGAUGUUGGGCUUCCUGGAGAGCAAGGGGAGAUUGGGUUUCAAGGAGACAAGGGCGUACAGGGUUUGCCGGGAUUACCAGGACUUCGUGGAAAACCAGGACCACAGGGCAAGACAGGAGAGAGAGGGCCCAGUGGAUUACCAGGUCCACCAGGACCUGAGGGUUUCCCUGGUGACAUCGGAAAACCUGGACAAAAUGGACCCGAGGGACCAAAGGGUAAGCCUGGAGCCAGAGGUUUACCAGGACCUCGUGGAGCGGCUGGACGAGAGGGUGAUGAGGGUCCUGUAGGACCAUCAGGGCCAGUAGGACUCGAGGGUCAGAUGGGCAGUAAGGGUUUCCCUGGGGCUAUUGGACCUGAAGGGGUCAAAGGCGAGCAGGGUGUCACAGGGAAGGCUGGACCCAUGGGUGAGAGGGGGCUUGUUGGCUUCAUCGGUCCUGGAGGGGAGGCUGGACUAGCUGGAGAGAAGGGUGAUCGUGGAGAGAUGGGUUUGCCCGGACCUUCGGGAGAGAAAGGAUCAACGGGGCACCCAGGAACCCCUGGAGAGAGCGGCCCAACAGGACCACCAGGCAGUCCAGGUCCACCAGGAUCACGAGGACCAAUCGGCAUGAGAGGACCUAAAGGAAGACGGGGUCCUAGAGGUCCAGAUGGUGUGCCAGGUGAGCUCGGCACCGAAGGCAAAAAGGGUCUUGAUGGUCCUCCUGGAAAAAUUGGCUUCCCAGGACACGCGGGGAAGAUCGGGGAGUCUGGGGACGCGGGGCCAAAGGGAUUUCUGGGGAUUCAAGGGCCAUCUGGGGCUACAGGAGACAAAGGAAUCGCAGGGGAGCCAGGACCUCCAGGUCCCCCAGGAACACUCGGACCCCCUGGAAAUCCAGGGCCAAAGGGCCCUGCCGGAAAAGUUGGCGAUCCCGGACUUCCAGGAGAACCUGGAGAAAAGGGGUCACUCGGGCCUGCAGGGAACGCUGGGGCAGCUGGACUUAUCGGAACAAGGGGAGAACCAGGUUUAGAAGGAGAGGCUGGUCCAGCCGGCCCUGAUGGCGCGAAGGGUGAAAAAGGUGACAUGGGCGGAGAGGGCGAGCAGGGUGUCAGAGGUGACCCUGGAAUCAAGGGGAAAGAAGGGCCACCGGGCGACCCUGGGCUUACUGGCGUCAGAGGUCCUGAAGGAAAACCUGGUAAAAAUGGCGAGAGAGGGAAACCAGGGUUUAAGGGUGCCAAAGGUAACAUCGGUCACCUGGGAGAGACAGGAACCAUGGGAAAGAUCGGACCAAUCGGAACCACCGGACCAAAGGGCUCGCGAGGAACCAUCGGACAUGUGGGCGCUCCAGGGCGUAUGGGGCUGCAGGGUGAUCCGGGCAUAUCCGGAUAUGAAGGUCACAAGGGACCUCAAGGUUCAAUAGGACCCCCGGGACCAAAGGGUGAAAAGGGCGAACAGGGGGAUGAUGGGAAGGUGGAGGGUCCUACAGGUCCACCAGGACUCAGAGGUCCAAUUGGAAAGCGAGGAGACAGGGGCGAACCGGGAGAUCCAGGAUACGUGGGUCAGCAAGGUGUUGAUGGUUUUCGAGGCAAACCCGGUGCUCCUGGACUACCUGGUAAUCCUGGUCCACGUGGAAUACAAGGCCCCAAGGGAUCCAAAGGAGAACAGGGUCAGAAGGGUAAACAGGGUCUUCAGGGGGAGCGUGGCAGCAGAGGGUCACCAGGUGUUGUUGGGUUGCCCGGCCCAAGAGGGACUGUGGGUCGAGAAGGACAGGAGGGCGUUCCUGGCAUGGAUGGACUGCCAGGGAAAGAUGGAAGCAGAGGAAUACCAGGUGAUCAGGGAGAUGAUGGCGAGUUUGGUUUGCCUGGUAAACCCGGUGCACCUGGGAAGGUUGGCGUUAUCGGUUUACCAGGCCCACAGGGAUCAUUUGGUCCAAAGGGUGAGAGGGGCCUUCCUGGUCACCCAGGCCCUUCAGGAAAGAGAGGUUUUAAGGGAGGAAUGGGUCUUCCUGGACCUCAGGGAGACCGGGGUCCUAAGGGCCAACCAGGUGACAUCGGGGAACCCGGCUUUCCAGGGAUACUGGGAAUGUUUGGACCAAAGGGGCCUCCAGGAGACUUUGGACCGAAGGGCAUCCAGGGGCCUAAAGGGCCCCAGGGCAGCAUGGGUAGAGGGGGUUUAGCUGGACCUGUCGGUGUGAUUGGCCCUAUCGGUAGUCCAGGCACCAGAGGAGAUACUGGCAACAAAGGAGAAAUGGGUGUUCAGGGACCUCGAGGUGCUCCUGGACCGCGUGGUCCUCCUGGACUUCCGGGUCCGCUGGGAAUCCCACCGGCUUUGAAACAAGAUUUUGGUCUUGGAGUGGCUCAGCCAGUUUUUAGGGAGACACAGAAAAUAGAAGGUCGGGGUCUGAUGGACAUGCCUAUGUUGGAUCAGGCUCCAGAGAUCCUGCGGACGCUCCAUUACCUGAGCUCUCUGGUCCACAGUCUGAAGAACCCGCUGGGCACACGAGAUCAUCCUGCUCGACUCUGCAAGGACCUGCACGUCUGCCGGGACACGCUUUACGAUGGCACUUAUUGGAUCGACCCAAACCUGGGCUGCUCCUCAGACUCUAUAGAAGUGAUGUGCAAUUUCACCGGUGGUGGACGCACCUGCCUCAGGCCCAUCACCACAGCUAAGCUGGAGUUCAGUGUCGGACGCGUCCAAAUGAACUUCCUGCACCUGCUGAGUGCCGGAGCGGAGCAACGAAUCACUAUCCACUGCCUGAACGUGACAAUCUGGAGCCACACCCCCACCCAGCCCCCUUCCCAGAAUGCUGUUCGGUUCCAUGCGUGGAGCGGAGAGACGCUGGAGCCGGACGUGUUAGCAGACUCCUGCUGGCAACUGAACGGGCGCUGGCAACAUGCUGACUUCCUGUUCCGGGUGUCGGACCCCACCUUACUUCCUGUCGUACGCAUAAGCAACCUACCGAAGACAACGUCCUCGUCGCGCUUUCACCUAGAAGUCGGACCCGUGUGCUUCCUAUAGUGUGUGUGAGAGAUUGUGAGAGUGUGCGCUCCUCAAACACACACCGACCCGCCCACAGCCCGCCCCCUUCAGUAUUCAGCCACUGAUUGGACUGCAGAAACAGAAAGAGGUGGUGUGGGCGGGGCUUUGGGGGACAUAGCAUUGAGACUCCUACAGUCUAAAGGAAAUCCCGCCCCUACCAGCCAUGGAUGUCCAAUCAGAUUUGAUUCCUCUAGAAAACAAGCCAAUCAUCUCGCAGGGACGAACACUCAGGACAUCCAGGGGCGGAGAAACAGCCUCUGUCUCUGUCUUUCUCUCUUCUUCUCUUUCUGCCUCAGCCUGUUUCUUUGGUGCUCAUUUUCUUUUGCUUGCUCUUUCAAAUUAUUAUUAAUAAUAAUAAGUUAUUAUAAUACUUGUACUUUUAUAAUAAAAAAUCAACAGUUUAUUGAAGAGAUGAAUUAAGAUCAAUGAGAGGUAUUAUAUGUACAUAUACACUUAUUGUUUAUCUGAUCUUUUAUAUGGUAAUUUUGUCACAUGUAAAAAAAAGAAAUGCUAAAGUGCAAUAGGAAAAUGAAGAAAAAAUGAUAAUUGAUUAUAUAUUAAGUGUGCGUCUCAAUGAGGAAAGUUUUUCAGGGGUGUUGUCAUUCAUUCGUGUCAUUUUAACACUCCAUCAGACAGGGAAGUGUGUGUGUUUGUGUGAAUGAGUUUUGGAAGUGACCGUCAAUGUGUGUGUGUGUGUGUGUGUGUGUGUGUUUAUGUGACGGAUCAGUAAACAAGUGAAGGUGCAUGUUUCUUUCAAACUUACAGACACACCUGUGAAUAUCAACACAUGUGCCUGAGGUGUGCCUGUCACUUUAAGUGGGCGUUUCUCAAUGAAAUAGGUGUGUCUAUUUCAAAGGAGUUUAUAAGGGGGAAUCCCUGAUGAAAACGCCUGGGUCAUAUUUCACCCAAAAAGAAAAAGAAAGCAUAUUUUAAUAUUUGCAUUGUGACAUUUUUGUGACAAGCACAUUUUUACGGAAAUUUUCUUUACCGUAAUGCAUACGGACAUAAUGCACCUCUUUGUAGUUACUUUGGUAUUAUUAUAUUAUAAUAUUUUUGUAUUAUUUGCUUUGAUUAUCAUUACAGAAAUGUUGAAUUGCUGAAACUUUACAGCAUUGAGUAUUUCUGUAUUAAAGGGUAAGUUCGCCCAAAAAUAAAAAUUCUGUCAUUAAUUACUCAUCCUCAUGUCGUUCCAAACCCGUAAGACCUUCA